AUGAUCAUAGCUUCUUAUGAAAUCACAUGCUUUCACAUAUUCCUAGGAAUUCUCAUGUUUGGUAUAUACUUGAUCGUCCAUCAAUUCUAUCAACAGUUCAAACUUCGCCGAGAAAGGAAAGAGCCCAACGUUUUCGAUCAAUUCGAAAAAAUCCCUGGUCUCCACACAAUUGAGAACAACUCACAUACAUUUUACUGCGGUGCUCAAGAUUAUACAAUGAGCAGUUCCCGUAAAUUGGCACGGAUUUAUAAACAAGACCGUCUCAGAGUGGAACGCCUUUUAAACAAACUCCUGCUCGGCUCAUACAUCCGUGUUCCGGACAACACUGUAGCCGUGUGUAUUCCUACUUGGUGUUCAAAAAUUGGAGCCAAGUACCACGAGUUCAAAUGCACGCCGCCUGCUCCUUAUUGUCCUUGCCCAACGAUUCUUUCGGAGUUUAACUACACCUACAAAAUGGUGUCUGGAAGGGUGCAAGCCACAUUUUAUCACAAUCGAAGAUGCACGUGCUUGGCAGGAAUAUGUAUCUAUAUGAGGAUUCCGAAUGAGCCAUGGUUUUUUGGAGAGUUACCGGAAGAUUUGAUUAUUGACUUGAUUGAAUAUGCCAUCAAGAGUUACUCGCCACGGCGUGGCAGACGUUAUCGCCACACGCCUCCGCUUGUUCCUGCGUUCAGACCAAACGCCCCACCAAUAGAAAUCUCAUCGUCAGAAGAGUAUACCGAUGUUGAUGAGGCAGAAGACUCGGAAAACGAACGACCACCAUGCUACGCUUCGGUUUUCGGGGCUCGAAUAGAUGCAACAUCUAGAAUUGACGAAGUGGCACCUCCUAACUAUUUCUCGUUAUUUUCAAACUCAUCAGCAUUGUGA